CCCGCACUUGUGCUUGCGUUCGACGACCAUCUCCUCGAAGACGGCUGUCCCCACUUUGUAGAUCAAUUAUCUACAUUGAGGCUCAGCGGAAUGCCUCCACUAUCUGGGCUCCAACGAGAUGUCUUCGCUAUGUACCGCCGUGCCCUCCGCAUGGCCGCGCGUAAGGACCCCGCCAAACGCGCCGACUGGACGACCUUCAUACGCUACACCUUCCGCACACGCGCAACCUCUGUAGGCCCGCGAGACAUAGGUGCCAUUGAGUACCUACUGCGACAAGGACGGAAGCAACUGGAGCUAUAUGAGAGCCCGAGUGUGCGCGAUUGCUCAGUGACUUCGGAGAUGCACGCUUGGGAAGAAGGGAGGAGACGAAGGUGGAGGAACGAGGAGGAGAGCAGGUGAUGGAGAGAGAGAGAAGGUCUUGCGUUUAUCUUCGGCCUGCCUACUCCUCAGUAUUAUUCCACGGGUUACCUUUUGCCAUUCUCGCCUCUCCAUCACAUUUCAAUAUGAAGUAUAGGUCCUCUCGUAA